GUGCAUUGCACUUGCCAAACUGUGAAAGGCAGCAUAGCGUCUAGUCUGUCGGAAAGCCACACGAAGAAGAAAGAUUCGUCAGUUUGUCUUUGACUUUGCUAUUAUGUUAUUCAGUUGAAGGUAGUGUGAAGUUCCCGGGGUGCUUUCAUUACGAGCGUGACGAAAAUCCAGACUGCGCUGUACGACAACGUUGGCUGCCUUUACGACCGGACCGGAGUCCUGUGGAAUGAGGACGUGUGCAAGGCUGAGUAUAGUAGCUAGCUGGGACACACAUUCCUCUGCAAAUUGAACUGUGCUAGCUAUGUCUUCUGGGAUGACUGGGCAGACACCGUGCCUAACCAGUAGCAGCAGAUGGGAUCAAGCCUGCUCAGCCCAAAACGAGGGUAGAUGUCAUGCAAGGCUUCGCUUUCUCUGCCCAGACCUGCACACCGGCCACUACGACCCCUCAAUCAGCCCAGCACCCUGUAGCUGGUCCCAUGGUGCCCCUGACAUUGCAGGGGACAUGCCAGCAGCACAGGGGGAGGCGUGGAGAUGGCUGCUGCUAUGGCUGCUAAGAUCAACGCUAUGCUGAUGGCCAAGGGAAAACUGAUGAUUCCUCCACCGCUACCUGGCAAGAUCCCUCUGUGUAUGUCGGCUGCCGCUAGUGGAGACGAGACUGUGGUGACAGAGGUGGAUAUCAACGAUGUGCCCAUCAACAGCAGAAACCUGCUCACCAAAGGAAAAACACAGGAAGAGAUUCGUCAGGUCAGCGGUGCAGUAGUCUCAACCAGAGGCCACUACAUGACCAGUCAGAGAAGUCCCAUGGAAAAGCAGUAGAAAGGCCUUUGUAUUUACACGUCCAGGGGAAGAGCCAAGAGGAGGUCAAUAAGGCAGUGCUGAGGAUAAAGGAGAUCAUUUCUGAGGAUGUGUUGAGGACAGCUGCUGCGUUAGGAUCCCAGCUGAGACCCGUCAUACCCCCCCUGCCUCUCUACCCCCAGCCCUCUCGCCCCAUGGCUGCCUCACAUCCACACCUACCCAGGAUGCCUAGUGUCAAYCCUCCUGUGCCACAUGGACACCGGCCCGCCGCGCCACACCAAGGGAGUUUUGUGCACGUCAAGAUUUUUGUGGGUCUGGACCAGUCCCUGCCCUCGUUCAAUGUGAACGAGAAGGUGGAGGGUCCUGGGGGGAUGUACCUGGGACACAUCCAGACAGAGACGGGAGCCAGAGUGUUCCUCAGGGGGAAAGGCUCAGGGUACAUAGAGCAGGCCUCACGGCGGGAGUCCUUCGAACCACUCUACGUCUACAU